GCCAUACCAGGGCAUUUGGGGGCUAUGAUGACCUAGUGGGGUUAUGUUAACAAAUACAUUUGUUUUUAUACUUUCUACCAUGUUAAACAGCUAGGUUGGAAAGCGGUAAGAUUCAUGGUUCGAGAGGGAAGUUGUACUACCGAUCUUACAGGGGUUUCACGGUAAUACAGUGUUUCUUUGGCGAUUCUAUCUUGCUAUGAUGAAAGGUGGAGAAGGUAGAAAAGCAGAAUUGUUACAUUCUAAUAUGACAAAGAAGAAACUAUCAGAAAAAUACAAACAUCAACAAUCAAAACAGCCUGUAUCUAAACCAAAUCCUUCACAAGGAAUAACUGUUGUUAGUGAAUUUGUUCGACAAUUUGUUCGACGUCAUGUUGAUGAAAAUCAACGUAAUCAAUCUGAUUUAUAUUGGCGUCCAGGUUCUAAUAUUAGUCAUAAUAUAAAUUUAUUACCACAAUCAACAAAAAUUCAUUUAUUAAAACAUAAACGAAUCACUAACAAAAAUGAUAUCCCUAUUAUCAAAAUGAACCGUCUUCAUUUAAAAAAGAAAUCAUUCAAUAAAUCAAUAAUCAAUCAUAAACCAUCGAUUAUAUCAAUUGAUUUAUCAAAUCAAUUACAUCAUUUAUGGAAUGGUUAUUUCCAAUCAGUUAUGUCUAUUCUUCCUACUAAAUUAAAUAAUAAUCAUUGUAGUAUGUUUAAUUUAACAAAAAAUUUAGAUACAAUUUUACGUUUAAAUUUAAUUGGUGCUCAACUUAAAGUUCUACGUUCAACAUCAUGUCGAGCUGGUAUAGAAGGUAUUGUAGUAAUGGAAACAAAGAAUACAUUUUGUUUAGCAAUAAAUUCAUUAAAUAAUCAAUUAUCAAAUCAAUCAUUAGUAACUCUUAAUACUGUUCCAAAAUUAGGUUCAUUAUUUUCACUCAUUCUACCUCAUCUUGUUAAUAAAUCAAGUAAAAAUUUUAGUAAACAUCAAAAAAUUGAAAUUUUACUUAAUGGUGAUCUAUUAACUCAUAGAGCAGUUGAUCGAGCUAUACGUAAAUGGAGAUAUAUACCAACAACAGCAUAUGAAUAUAAUCAAAAUGCAUUAACAACUGAAGCUAUUUUAUCGAAUGUACUCAUUGAUAAUAUAAUAAAUAAAUGAUUAUUUUAAUUGAUUUUAAUGUAUAUACAGGUAAUUUGUUGUCGUUUCUUUUUAAUCGGGACUUUUAUUUUGUAAGUGACUCAAGAAAUGAUUAAGCUGUCAGUGAGAGAGAGAGUGUGUGUGUGAUG